CUCACCACUCCCCCGCGCCGCCAUAAAUCCGCGCCCCCGUCCCCUUUGUAAACCCCUCUCUUCCCCACCCUCGCCCGCUGAGGUUUCCGCCGCGAUCUCGUCUCGAUCCGCACUCUCUAUCUGAGAUUUGGAAUCGGGUGAAGCCUGCAGCUCCUGCCGACAUGGCGCUCGUUUUGCAUUCAGGCAGCGGCAACAAGAAUGCCUUCAAGGCACUUAUUGCUGCAGAGUACUGUGGGGUCAAGGUUGAGCUCCCCAAGAACUUCGAGAUGGGUGUAUCAAACAAAACCCCUGAAUUCAUCAAGAUGAACCCCCUUGGGAAGGUUCCUGUUCUUGAGACUCCUGAUGGUGCUGUUUUUGAGAGCAAUGCUAUUGCACGCUAUGUUGCUCGCUCAAAGGGUGACAACCUGCUUUGGGGUGGUUCUCUUAUUGAAUAUGCACGUGUUGAGCAAUGGAUGGACUUUGCUGCCACAGAGGUUGAUCCCAAUAUCGCAAGGUGGUUGUACCCAAGGCUUGGUUAUAGGGCUUUCAAUGCCCAGGAUGAGGAAUUCGGCAUUGCUGGAUUAAAGAGGGCCCUUGAAGCAUUGAACACACACCUGGCAUCAAACACAUUCCUUGUUGGGCAUUCUGUCACUCUGGCUGAUAUUGUCAUGACAUGCAACCUCUACCAUGGUUUUGCUCGGAUCUUGACCAAGACUUUCACAUCUGAGUUCCCUCAUGUUGAGAGGUACUUCUGGACCAUGGUUAACCAGCCUAACUUCAAGAAGGUCAUUGGCGAAUUCAAGCAGGCAGAGGUUGUACCUCCUGUUCAGAAGAAGGCUGCUCCUGCUAAACAAAAGGAGGCCAAGAAAGAGGCUCCCAAGGCGGCCCCAAAGCCAGCAGUAGUUGAGGCACCAGAGGAAGAGGCACCAAAGCCUAAGCCCAAAAAUCCCCUUGAUCUACUGCCACCAAGCAAGAUGGUACUUGAUGACUGGAAGAGGCUAUACUCAAACACUAAGAGCAACUUCCAUGAUGUUGCUGUUAAAGGUUUCUGGGAGAUGUAUGACCCAGAGGGCUACUCUCUGUGGUUCUGUGACUACAAGUACCAGGAAGAGAACACCGUGUCGUACGUGACCCUGAACAAGGUCGGCGGGUUCCUGCAGCGGAUGGAUCUGUGCCGCAAGUAUGCUUUUGGCAAGAUGCUCGUGAUUGGUUCUGAGGCGCCCUUCAAGGUCAAGGGGCUGUGGCUCUUCCGUGGGCAGGACAUCCCUGAGUUCGUCAUGAACGAGGUCUACGACAUGGAGCUCUACGAGUGGACCAAGGUUGACCUCUCUGACGAGGCCCAGAAGAAGCGCGUGGAAGCCAUGAUUGAGGACCUUGAGCCGUUCGAGGGGCAGGCCUUGCUGGACGCCAAGUGCUUCAAGUAAGCGGAGCAGUGCUUGGGAUCGUGACGGUGGCAAAGAACCUAUCUAGGACUUGAAAUUCAGUGUCGAAACAGUUGGUCUUUUUUUGGAAGAGUUUGCUUGUUACUUAAUGGCUAUUUGACCUGGUGAACUAGUUAAUUUUGUGCUAUGCUAAGAGUUUUUGGGUAUCUGGUCCUGCCGUCUCGUUAUUCUGCGAGGUUUAUA